CAGAUGUAACGUCUAGAAAGACGAGCCUAUUAUAAUGAAAAGGAGAAAGAUAAGGUGGGCAAUGAGGAAUUUUAUAAGUUGUGACCACCAAAAAAAUCAGAAAAAAAGGCUCUAAAUCUAAUAGCCACCCAUCCUAUUUAGCUUCCUCAAUAAAUACUUCCCAUUUUUCUUCCACUUUUUCACCAAUAAUCUCAUGCUCUUCUUGUGCACAUUUCACUCUUCUUUUUUCACACACUGAUAGAUACUUUUGUAUGUAUGUAUAGCUCUUGACAUGGCAGCCUGCGGCGGCAUAGAGCAAAUCUUCGAGAAGCCAUUGCCGGAAUCUCAGAACUUUCUAGAAGCCCUUUCGCCGUGGAAACACAUCAAAGGCUUGAAGUCCAACACUGAGUUAUUCGGUGAAUUGCAUUUCAAGGAAACUCAUUCUUCGUCUUCAUCGGUUGGAGAUAUCAAGAGAGGGAGGGGCGGUUACUACCCUCCCUCUGGUCGGGGGAAGCACAAUCAGAGCUUCUCCUCCGACAGCCUCUCCCUGUGCACGGAGGGGCUAGGGUUCGAGAGCUUCGACGAUGUGGAGGAGACUUCGAAGCACGGGGAAUUCUGUUGUAGAGAGGUGCGGGAGCACAGGGAUGGGGAGAGGAGCGUGGCAAGGGAUUUGGAGAAACAACGGGGAGAGUCGGCUAGGGCGAGUAGGGCGGCGUUUCCGCCGCCGAUCUCGUGCAUCGGGAGGAGCGGGAAGCCGUGGGUGUGGUUCAAGUCGUAUAGGGAGGAUGGGAGGUUUAUUCUCAAAGAGAUUCGGAUUCCCACGCAGGAAUUCUUGCAUGCAUGCCGCGAAGACGGCCGCCUCCAGCUGCGGUUCGUGCAGUCUGACGACGAGGACGAGGCUGUCGGAGAAGAGGACGAGCUCGAGGCGGAGGUCGUUGACGAUCAAGACGAAUUGUAGUUUCACAACAUAAGUUAAAAUUUGGUUGAAAUGGUUUAGGCCAUCCACAACGCUGUCUCUAUACCGUCUCUUAAACCGUCUCUUAACUACUAUUUGAGCACUA